UCAAUUGUCUACAAUUUCUACAGUAAACUUUUAAUUUAGUAAUUGAAAAAUGUGUGAAGCAAAAACUAAGUUGUCAUUUUUUAUAAUUAUUAUUAUUAUUAUUAGUAUUACAAUUGAUGCUAUAAAUGUAAGUGCAAAAAAUCAACCACUGGUAAAUUUAUCUGUUGGAAGUACGUUGAAUAUAAACAAUUUAAAUUCAAAGUCUGUCGAAAUAAUUGGUAAUUUAUUCAGCGGUACUGAUAAAACUAAAUAUAUUAAAAAAAACAAUUAUCCCGAACAUUAUCGUGGAAUCACAAUUUCAAAAGUUCCAUGUUUGUCACUAGAAUCAUUAAAGUUAUAUAAUUAUUUAAAAAUUAAUGUUUAUAAUAAUGGAGAAUAUUCAUCUUACAACACAAAACUAUCAAAUAACAUAAAUUUUGGUAUCCCUCAAGCUUUUAUGCGUAAUAAUUAUUUUUAUGGUGUUAUCGAAAUUUGUCGUAUUAAAAAAAUCGAUGAAUUAAAUAUUAAAGUUAUUGAUGAAUAUGAUUUUUUUAAUAUGGAUACAGGUAUGAAUUAUAAUAUUUUACUAAAUGCAACAGCAAUUUUUCAUCUUAGAAAUAAUAGAGAAACACAUUACGUAUCAUCUAUUACCACCGGAAACUGUUUUUAUCAAUUUUAUGUAAAUGAAGAAAAAUUAUGCAACGUCAAGCGUUAUUAUUUUGACAUUGACAAGAUAAAUAAUUUUUUUGAAUUUCCUUUGUACAAAAGUCAUAUAACAACUGCUAGUAGAAAAAAAUUUAUCAUGAACUGGAGAAAAAAUUAUGAUUUUUCAAAUAAUAUUAAUUAUUCACUACACAAAUUUUCUGGUUUGACACCAAACGAUCAGUUAGACAUUAUAAAUCGUCUUGGAAAUGACGUUAUAAUAAGCCUUGAGUUAAAACCACUGUUCGAAAUGCCAAAGACAGAAAAAAAACAAAAAGAAUUGCAAGCUGACCACUAUGAAAGAUUGGCUGGUUUGAGAGCAGGCGAUAUUAUAAACAUAAAUGAUCUAAGAAAAAUAAAUUCGCGAUUGAAAGUAAACAGCAUAGAUGUCAGCUCCAAUAGAAUUGCAAAAAUGCCAAUUUUAAAGAGUAAUUACACAAAUUGUUAUGAAUAUAAUGAAACUAGAGGAAUUUAUUUGCAACCGAUAAACUAUACGUCACACUAUGGAUCUCAGAUAGUCUAUGAUAAAAUAAACCUUUUUGAAGAAAUAAUUAAACGCAAAUACUACGGAGUAAAACGAAAAUAUUUGAAUGAAAAUUAUAAGUGCCUGAAAAUAACUAUUUGUUCCGAAAUGGUAAGGAGAAAAACAAAUAUUGAAUUUUUGAACGAAAAAUCGAAAAAUGAUAUUUUUUUUAACAAGAAUAUUGUACUGGGAUUACAUAAUUAUAAUAAAACGCACUAUGUUGCAAAGACUGAACGAGGACAAUGUUUGUUUCAGACUCUAAUUUAUCCUGUGGAAACUAAUAAUCGUAAUGAGGCGAAACUUUUAACCCCAGUGUACACAGGAAAAAUAUUAUCAGCCAAUAAUAAUAAUACUCUGGAAAAUUUGGUACAAAAACGUCUUAAUGGCAAUGGAAAAGAUCUUUGGACUAUGAAAGAUGACCCAAUAGACAUUUUAUUUAUAUUAAAUGAAUUUCGUUACAAUUAUAAGACUAAUAUAAAUAUUUUUUUGAAGAAGACAUACUAAUUGUUUGAAAACUAGUAAUAAAAAUAAAGUUGAUAAGAUUUUCA